GAGCUUCGCGACCACGGUACCGGUCCUCGACGAGGCAGGGGAUUACGAGUGCGACGCAUGUGACGACAGCGAGUGUUUCGGGCUCUACGAAAUGGAGUUCGAUGAGCAGGAGCUCGCCACCAUCCUAGUUUCGCUGGACUCACAGGAUCUUGACGAGGAGCACAUCAUCGAGGUGUUCGCUGAGGUGACGCUCCCUCAGCGUCGUCGUACGUGGGCAGAGUCUAGGCAGCUCAAGACGAACAGAAAAGUGGACAGGGAUUUCUUUGACCGCAGCAAGGGAAAGGGAACGAAGAAGGUCACCAGAGACGAUUUUAAAAAGAGGUCCCGCUGUUCGAACUGCGGGGAAAAAGGGCAUUGGCGAGAAGACUGUCGACGACCAUAUCGGAGUAAGGCCGAUAGGCUGAAGUCCGAGUCAUCACGGCCGGCAGCGGUCAACAAGGGCCCGGACAAGAAGCCAGCGCAGAGCUCGUUCUACUUCAAUUUGGACUACGACGCGACUCACUCCGGGACGAGCUGGGCAGCGAUUUUGGAUGAGUCGGGCCAGGUGGGCUCGCUCUCCGCUGCCGCCGCGACUGCGGGUCAGGUGGACCAGCAGGAGCACGACCUGGGUCAGGUGGAUCUGGAGAUGCUCGCGGCGGCGACGCUGCAGGACAUGGACGAGUAUGCGCUGGUAGACACCGCUGCUGGACAGGCUCUGAUUGGCACACCAGACAUCGACAAGUUGAGGGCUGCUUUCAAGAAAAAGGGUUUCGAGAUACACUUUGUCGACACCGACAGAGUCCCCACGGCGAACGGAGUCGGAGGAAAAGUUAAGCCAGUCGGAGUUGCAGCAGUUCCAGUGUCGCUUCAACAUUGUGGAGUAGUGGAGUUCCUGGUCCUCCCGCAUCCUUGCCCUCCCUUGCUUCCGGCGAAGUUUUUCGAUUUUCUGAGGGCAGUAAUAGACCUGCGUCGUGAUGUGAUGACGAUUGGAGAGGACGGAAGUCGACGUGAUUUGGAUCUGCUCAAGCUUCCUUCGGGGCAUCGAGCAGUAUCAUUGAUAGGAUGCAAGCCGAGCGAGUUCGCCAUCAGUGAGGAUCUGGCCAGCAAAUUUCCGCCUUUCGUCGAGAAGGCAGGUCGUGGUGAUGUCUGGGCAGCGAUCCCGAUGACGCUCCAGGACUGCUGGGUUCAGGUUCCAGGUGCUGUUCGUCGAGUGCACGUGGGCCCUCGCCGUGAGGCUUUCAGUUUCCCCGAGGCUGAGCCGCCUCCUGUUCCAGUCUCGCAGUCAGGGCCGGGCCGUGUCACGUGCCAGAUGCUUGACAGUGAGUUUUCCGCUUGCAGCGUUGUCGAGAGCACCUGGGUCGACGGCAUCCCGAGCGAGACCCUGAGCUUCACGGGCCGCUGGAUCGGGCACGCCGAGUUCCCGAUCGAGCGCUCGAAUCAGGACUUAGGGGAAGGGCUGCAGCGGGGCACGCGCCAGGCGCUGAAGGCCCAGCGCGACGACUUCCAGCCCGACGAGGACCUGGAGGUCAUUCCCGAGAACACGGAGGAGGACCCCGACUCGGAGCUCGAGAUGAAUUGGGACCAGACUCCAGAUCCUUGGAUAGACGGCAUGCUGAGCUCAAUCAACAACGAGGAGGAGAGCAUGACGGCGGUGGAGAAGGAGCUGUUCUUCGAGGGUGCCUUCCUGCUCAGCCCAGCUGCGCGCACCUGGAGGAGGUGGUCGAUCAAGAUGAUGCUGUACCUCAGGGUGUGUGCGAUUUCCCGUCUGUCGGCGAUCGUAGCCCCUCGCAUGUCCAAGGUGAAGAGCGAGGAGGAGGAAGCGAAAGCGAGCUGCUCCCAUCCGAUGGAGGCGAGGUGGAGCGGCGGAAACGGGUACGGGUACUACACGAAGUGCCGGAUCUGCGACACCCGGCUCAGCUUCGUGAGGAAAACGAAGGAGGAGAUCGAGGAGACCAAGCGCAAGGUGCUGGCCAAGCGCGAGUCCAAGACGAAGGUCGAGAAGGAGGAGUCGCCGGCGGAGAUCAAGGUCGAGCCUCCGCCGAGGUACAAGGCUCCGUCGAGGUACGUCGAGUUCUGCGACGGGGUGCCAGUCAAGCCGCCACCGCCGACGGCGAAGAAGUCCUUGCCAGUCACGAAGCCGAGAGCGAUCAGCAGCGCGGCAGGCAGCGCCGGUGCGGCGAGCAGCAGCAGCGGCAAUCUCAGCAACAUCGAGAAGGGCUUCGAGACGAUGCAGUGGAUGAUGGUGGAGGACCGCAAGGAGCGCCAACAGCAGAUGGACCUGCUGAUCAGUGUGAUGAAGGGGCUCGGAGCUCUGCGCCCGGUGGCCGCGCCUCAGGAGGACGAGGAGAGCUAG